AUGGACGACGGAACCAUCCAUCAGCUGAUUGUGAUAAUCGAACACGCCACCUUCCGGAGCAAUGGUUUCCUGAAGCCGAACCCGUACGUGGAGUUCUCGAUCGAUGGCAAGAGUGCACGCAAGACAGAUUUCAUCAAAAACACCAACACACCGAAAUGGAACGACCGGUUUGCGAGCAUCGUAUCACCCGGCUCGGUGCUGCACUUUCGCGUCCUCGACCACUCGAGCUUCCGCAAGGACUCGCUGCUUGGCCAGCAAACGGUCGAGCUGGCGGGGAUCCUGCGGCACUACAACGGCGUGCUGGAGCUGCUCGAGCUCAACAUGGAUCUGCUGAUCGAUGGUACUGGCUCCUCCAAAAGCAACGAGCUCCGGCAGCCGGUCAAAGCGGGCGAACUCGUAGUGGUGCUGGAUGGUUUGAAGAUCGAUAUGCGCAAACUGGGCGCCGGUGGAGCGGGUGGGGACCUGCGCGGUAACGAGGUCGGUAGCGGCAACAACAGCAGCGCCCUUAACGGAAAUGGGCUGUCGAGUGGGACGGAUUUGGCGCAGAAUGGAGCCCACUAUCACACGCUCCGAAGCAGCAUACUAAACGGGGGCAUCCGGGCUCGAAUGCGCUUACGUGGAACCGGAACACCACAACAGCUGCAACCGCCUCCGGCAGCCAGUAGCAGUGGAGGUGGGGCCAGUGGAAGCGUAAUGAAUCAUGCAUUAGUUCCGUCAUCUUCGUCGUCAACAGCGGCGGCAGUGCAUCAGCAACACUCGCCAGCUUCUCACGCUAGCCAAAGCAACAGUAACACCACGUCCACCGACUGUAGGUCGUCAGUUCCCUUUAACGAAUUCGUGCGGCAUGAAACGCAGCUCGGUUUCGGCAUGGGUAACGGAGGGAUCGCAUCUGGAUCGUCUCCAAAUGGUGGCGCAUCCGCGUCGUCGUCUAGCGGUGUAGGAACCAUGACGUCAGGUUCGUCCUCAUCAUCAACCGGGGCAAUUCGGCGAAGUGGCAUCAACUGGGAUCAGCAAAACCUGUCCCCGGUGGCAUCAUCGAUGGGAUCCCACACGCGGUUGGGGCCGAUGUAUUCCAACUCCUCACAAGAAGGUCUCAUCAACGGAGUUCCGGGUGGUCACUCCAGCACGGCUAUGCUACCGACGGCUGGUGGCAGUCCGGGUGGCAUGAAUGGUGGUUCGGUUCUGCCCAUGCCGAUGGGAGGAAGCCUAACCGAUCAGCAAAUUAUCCUCCAACAUCAGCAGCAGCAGCAACAGAAUCCGAUUGACGAUGAACCCCUGCCAGCGGGAUGGGAGAUGCGUGUGGAUAAAUUUGGCCGCCGGUAUUACGUGGAUCACAAUACGCGCUCGACGUACUGGGAGAAACCACAGCCACUUCCGGCUGGCUGGGAGCAGAGGCGUGAUCCUCGUGGCCGGGUGUACUACGUGGAUCAUAAUACGCGUACCACCACGUGGCAGCGACCGAACAGCGAGCGAUUGUUGCAUUUCCAGCACUGGCAAGGCCAACGACAGCACAUCAUCUCGCAGGGCAACCAGCGGUUCCUGUAUCCGCAGCACGCGCAACAAUCGAACUCGGUCUCGGUGGCGCACGAGGAGGACGACGGACUAGGACCACUACCGGAUGGCUGGGAGAAACGCGUGCAACCGGACAACAGGGUGUACUUUGUGAAUCACAAAAAUCGCACCACCCAGUGGGAAGAUCCGCGAACGCAGGGCCAGGAAGUAAGCAUGCUGGCGGAGGGUCCACUUCCGCCGGGUUGGGAGAUUCGGUACACGGCGAAUGGAGAGCGUUUCUUCGUCGAUCACAACAACCGCAAAACCACCUUCGAAGAUCCGCGGCCCGGUGCACCGAAGGGUGCGAAAGGUGUCUAUGGCGUGCCGAAGGCGUACGAACGUUCCUUCCGCUGGAAGCUAAGCCAGUUCCGGUACCUGUGUCAGAGCAAUGCGCUCGCGUCUCACAUCAAGAUUACACUCACACGUCAGACGCUGUUCGAGGAUUCGUACCACCAAAUCAUGCGGUUGCCAGCGUACGAACUGCGGCGCCGGUUGUACAUCAUCUUCCGGGGAGAGGAAGGCCUCGAUUAUGGUGGUGUUUCGCGUGAGUGGUUCUUCCUGCUGUCGCACGAGGUGCUCAACCCGAUGUACUGUUUGUUCGAGUACGCGAACAAGAACAACUACAGUCUGCAGAUUAACCCGGCGAGCUACGUCAACCCGGAUCACCUGCAGUACUUCAAGUUCAUUGGGCGGUUCAUCGCGAUGGCGCUGUAUCACGGGCGGUUUAUUUACUCCGGGUUCACGAUGCCGUUCUACAAGCGCAUGCUGAACAAGAAGCUAACGACCAAAGACAUCGAAUCGAUCGAUCCGGAGUUCUACAACUCGCUCAUCUGGGUGCGGGACAAUAACAUUGACGAGUGCGGGCUGGAGCUGUGGUUCAGUGUCGACUUCGAGGUGCUGGGUCAGAUCAUCCACCACGAGCUGAAGGAUAACGGCGACAAAGAGCGCGUCACGGAAGAGAACAAAGAGGAGUACAUUUCGCUGAUGACCGAGUGGCGGAUGACGAGGGGUAUUGAGGAGCAGACGAAAACAUUCCUGGAUGGGUUUAACGAGGUGGUGCCGCUGGAGUGGCUCAAGUACUUCGACGAACGCGAGCUCGAGCUCAUGCUUUGCGGCAUGCAGGAGAUCGACGUGGACGAUUGGCAGCGUAAUUCCAUCUAUCGACAUUACAACCGAAACAGCAAGCAGGUUGUGUGGUUCUGGCAGUUUGUUCGUGAAACGGACAACGAAAAGCGAGCACGGUUGCUGCAGUUCGUCACCGGUACCUGCCGCGUGCCGGUCGGUGGUUUCGCGGAGCUUAUGGGCUCGAACGGACCGCAGCGCUUCUGCAUCGAGAAGGUCGGCAAGGACACGUGGUUACCGCGAUCGCACACGUGCUUCAAUCGGUUGGAUCUUCCGCCGUACAAGAGCUACGAUCAGCUGGUGGAGAAGUUGAACUACGCGAUCGAAGAGACUGAGGGCUUCGGGCAAGAGUAAGCAGUAACGGUGGUUCCCCCAACGGGAACGGAACUAACCCCACGGGCGAUAUAAUGCAACACGUAAAAACGAAUGUGAUCAUUUUAUGGGGAGGGAAUCGUAGAAAGCGGAGAGUAGGCAGUUGUGCAGGAUAGUAUCAAAAUAUUUGUAAAGUAUGUAUUAAACUAAAUGGGUGUCGUUACGCGUUUCCGGUUCACCACUCCGGAUAGCGAGGUGGGAUGGGAUGGUCAAGGUGCGCGUGUCGGGAAAUGCUCUUUAGAAAACCUUGUCGUUUUGUACGAAACCGAAUGUAGAGAGGUUUUUUUUCUACGAAAAGAAGGAAUUGGCUGUUUCAGAACGCCAAAAAUGUAGUCGCUCGCAUCACGUGGAUGAACCGAUGUACAUACUAAACGACAAAAGCAAUAUUUCGAUCGCGCCUAUAUUGUCUAUUUUGCGUUUGUGUCAUCACACGCCCAACUGUUGCUUUCAUAUUUUUAAUUUGUUUCAUUUCGCAAAUAGUAUACGGUGUGAUAAUGCGUGGUGAAAGUUUUCAGUUUAGGAAUUAGCUUUGUGUUGAAUGCAUGUUGCGUAAGCUGCAGCUGCGUUUCCAAAACUCGGUCAGCGCUGCGAAGCGUUGUGCAUGCAUAAUUACCGGCCUAAACGCAUACGCAGACAGUUGGUAUUCAGAUUUUUGCUCGUUAUCACGCUUCGUUACAUUGUACUACGAAAGCGCAUUUUGUUUUGAUCGGCGGCGAUCACCUGCUACAAAACGAUGAGAAAAAGAGAAAUAUAAAAUCAAUAAUUAAUGUAAUGUACAGCUCAGAGCAACGCAUGUAAAGGUUGGGUGUUUGAAAGACACUAUAUAGAAAAUCAGAUGAAAAGAGCAAUUUUUGGGGCCAUUCGGUGUGUAAGCUUGUCCGUUUGAUGUGUAGCAUCUGUAGGAAACACCUUCAACCUAUGCGUGCGGGCAGCGACGCACGUGAUGCUAGCAAAAUUCAAAGCUAUAAAGCAGCAGAUUUGUUUUAGCCAAAUCGUGGAAAGGAUGGAGAUGCUGUAUAAUUUGCGGAGUACAGCUACGACUCAUUAUAUCGUUCCUAAAUGAGCGAACGCGUUUGAAUGCAUAGCAGAAAAUCACGAGCAAACUGUAACUUUGUAAAAAGGUAGUAAAAUGGGAAUAUAAAUAAGAGAAUAUGGAUUGUUUAAAACAAUUCGCUAGGCGUACAUAUAUAAAUAUAUAGGUAUCUGUACACAGUAUUUGAAAAUUUAUCACAUCGUAGGUACAAUGGACUGUAGUUGGAACACAAAAAUCGGUACAUUAAGAGACGCGAUACGCAGCGCGUACACGAAAAUCGAUCGAGGGGGCAGCAUGUAAAAAGAAAUACGGAAUACAUUAACCUACACUAACGAGCGCGGUUGCAGUUGCAAUGAAGUGUGCAUUAUUCUAAACCAACCCGUAACGAUUAGGAAAAUAAUAUCAUGUUGGUUGUAUACGUGCGCUAGUUCUAUGCAGGUUCAACCUAAACGUUUGUGCAGAGUGUGCAUGUGUUUGGUGCGAAUUUCCGAAAAUAGGCACACAUUUUAUCCAACACCGUAGAAAAAUGUUAAACAUGAAAUCGCAUUCAAACAAGGGGACUGGCCACUGGCAAUCAGAAACUACUAGGAAAACCAGUAGCUGCUGUACGAUAUAUAGAGAUGGUGCUUUAGUGCGAAUUAGUUGUGCAAUGAAUUUUAUACCUGGGAUGGAAUGAGUCGAGGUUUCGUGGUUCUGUUUCGGCUUGGUUUCCGAUAUCGGAUUCACCCAUUCGUAUACUAUUCGUUUGAAUGUUCGGUUCGCGCAGCCGUCCUGAUGGCUAGUAUGUAUUAUCAUCUGCUGUAAAAUUAUGUAAUUGUAAUUUAUGUUGAUUAUCUCUGGAACUUAAUGAGUGUAAAAUAAACACACGGAUAA